AUGCCGUUUAUCUAUGGAGAGCUAGAGGGCACUGCAUUCAGAAGGCUUCAGAGAGAGAUUUCACAGUUAUCCGAGCCAGAUUCUUAUCAUUCGAUGGCUGUUUCUCGGAUCAAGUCGCUGGAGGGACACCUUCGCUUCGUCGGUAACGAGUCCGCAGUGGCAAAUCACCCUCCUCGCCAUGGAUUACAUUGCCAUGGCCAUGGUCGUGAGGGUCGACGGAGUCUUCUUGUUCCUACGCUUCCGGAAAAAUGCUCGACGAUCAACGCCAAAAGGAGCUGCUCGAGAAAACAUGACACGGGUCCUUCCACCGAAGCUCGUGAGAAGACCUCUAGAGAUUACAUCAAAACGGGCAGGGGCGUUAUCACGGACCAAACAUGCUUGCUUCCGACCUCAAUGAACAAGGAAAAUGUUGACUACGUGGUGAUCUUCUACUCGAAAGUCUUGGCCAAGUACAUGGGAGAUGAACGGACAUUUCGGACGGACAACAAAACCUACCCCGACGCUGUUUUCGAUGUCUGCAAGCAAUCAGAGCUUGACUCGAAGGACUCACAGAGUGUCAGAAGUGAACUCUAUCAGCUGCAUCAUGCUUCCACAGAGAAGGCCAUUCUUCAGUAUAGGAACGCGCAAGCCAAAUUAAACAGCACCAUUCACAUUAUCACUUGUAGUAACGACGAACAUCGAAAGUGGGACAGUGACUUGGAAUGGGACGCCGACUUCAUGAACACUCAAUCUAGCAAUGUUCGCAUUCAUGUCGAGCCUGAACAAGAAUAUCGAAAGUUUUUCGAGCUCUUGUUGCAAUUGGGAUCCAACGAAAAGGAUGGAGAGUUCAGUAAGACCAUGAAAGACUGCUUUACAAGGUGCUUGGAUUCCCUGCGAGCGAACGUGGACGAAGACCAGUAUCGCAUUGUGUCAAUGCGCAAUAUCACCCAGAGCUGGAGUGGCCUCAGCAGCCAAUGGGAAAAGCUGGACAGACCUCUGACUCCAGAGCGUCUUCGGGACGACUUGAUGCUAUUCUCGAAGAUCGACUGUGCCUUACUGGGCCGAGUCACUGGUGGAAGGUUGCCGUGGUAUAUUUGCGAUAUCGAUCUUUCUCUAUCAACCCCUGGCGAAAUGUGA